GUUGCAUAUUACAUUAGCUACAGACAACAGGUAACUCCCAGCUAAAUUAUGAACUGCAAAUGUGCUUGGCUCGUGCUGCUGCUGAUGGCUGUGCUCGGCGCCGCCUGGGGCUCCAGCUGCCCCACUGGCUUCAAUGCCGAGAAGAAUCAAUGCGUUCAAGUGCGACCCGUUCAUGGCACCUGUCCGCCCGGCUCCAACUAUCAGCUGAACAUCAACAAGUGCGUGCAUGCCUAAGCCUUCUCUGUUAAAUGCAUACAUAUUAUUCAGAUUUUCAUACAUAUUGUGUUUAUUAAAACUUUUGUGCUUAUUAAAACA